AUGUCGGCCACAGAACGUACGCCGCUGCUGCAAGACGGUGCACCUGAUGCAUCUGGCUCGACUACCCGUGCACCCAGUAUCAUAGAAGCUGCCCCCAAAAGAGCCUCACCGUCCGAAGUCGAGGAGGGUGAGGCGCAAGCCCCUCAUACGGAGCCUUCUGUGAAACCCUUCCGCGAACUGCUGCUCACUGUAGCACCGAUGGCUUUGGGCACAUUUUUGGCCUCAAUGGACGGCACAAUCGUUCUCUCAUCCUAUGCCAGCAUCGGUGACGAACUCAACGAGCUUCAGCGUACUAGCUGGGUAUCAACCGGAUAUAUGUUAACGCUCGCCAGCUUCCAGCCGCUCUACGGCAAGAUGAGCGACAUCUUCGGCCGAAAGCCGUGCUUGAUGUUCGCAUAUGUCAUAUUCUCGAUAGGAUGCCUGGCAUGCGGUUAUGCGAGGAACAUGACGGAGUUGAUAGCUGCGAGGGCGUUUGCUGGUAUCGGAGGUGGAGGCAUGCAGACCCUCGUUUCGAUCAUUAUGAGCGAUCUUGUACCUCUCCGGUCCCGGGGUACUUGGCAAGGCAUACUCAACUUGGUCUGGGCUACAGGCAUGGCCGUGGGUGCACCACUAGGCGGAGUCCUUGCCGACAGUAUUGGGUGGCGAUGGUCUUUCAUCGCGCAGGCACCAUUAGCAAUCGUGGCGUUGAUACUGGUCGGUUAUGCUCUCAGACUUCCUCAACCUGAAGCCGCCCAUUGGAAGGAUCGCCUGAAACGCAUCGACUUCGGAGGCGCUUUCACUUUGGUCAUAGCCUUGUGCGCUCUUCUACUCGCAAUGGAUAGGGGAGGCAACGUUGCGUGGGACGACACCAUUACUGUGGUCGCGCUCAUCAUUUUCGGCCUUUUCUUCUCAACAUUCGUCCUCGUCGAGAUGAGGCUCGCCAAGGAGCCUUUUGCGCCAAAACGCAUCGUCGCGAAUCACACUCUAGCCGCAGCGUAUCUUUGCAAUUUCUUCUGCGUCGCGGGAGGCGUUUGCUUGAUCUUUUAUGUAUCCCUCUACGUUCAGGCUGUGUUGCAUAGAAGUGCGGCCGAAGCAGGUUCUGCUCUCAUUCCUGGUAUCAUCGCAGGUGUCAUUGGUUCGCUUGCUGGCGGCUACAUCAUGCAAGUGACGGGGAGAUACUGGGUGUUAACCGUACUUUCCUACGCUCUGAUGCUAGGAGGCCAGAUUCUCGUCUCCCUCAGCACUGGUAUCAUUGGCCACUCCUUCGUCGGGCUGGAAAUAGGGCUCUUCAUCAUGUCACUCGGCAACGGCUCUGGGAUAACUACGACCUUAAUUGCGCUCAUCCAUCAGGCCGGCGCCACGGACCAAGCAAUUGCGACCGCAGUGUCGUAUCUCUUCCGCUCUCUAGGCUCUGUCUUGGGAAUCUCCGUAGGCUCCACGAUCUUCCAGGAACGCCUGCGCCAUCUCUUGAAGAGUGGUCUGACGGACGGUAACGUCGAUGAGAUCGUUCGCCGUGUCCGGGAGACUCUCGCAUACAUCGACGAGCUCCCAGCGGACACACGUGAGAUUGUGUUCGCCUCUUACGCCGGAGCGGUAGAAACAGUCUUCACGUUCUGUACGGUCCUGGCCGUAUGCGCGGUGAUAUGCUCUUUCUUCAUCAAGGAGAAGCACCUAGAUCACAAGUAA